AGUAACCCCGCCCUCAUCCUGGUCACCACACUCACAAACGUGUUUUCCGUCACGCCAUUUUCCAUCGCCGACCGAGAGAGGAACAAACCACCCGGAGGAGCGCGAACACUUUGAGCUGGAACUGGCAACGAAACAAGAUUCAGUCAUGCAUCGUGACUGUCCACUUGACUGUAAAGUCUAUGUUGGAAAUUUGGGCAACAAUGGAAACAAGACAGAGUUAGAAAGGUCGUUUGGCUACUAUGGUCCUCUCCGCAGUGUUUGGGUGGCCAGGAACCCUCCAGGCUUCGCCUUUGUUGAAUUUGAAGACCCCAGAGAUGCUACUGAUGCAGUGCGUGAGCUCGAUGGAAGGACAUUGUGUGGUUGCCGGGUGCGAGUAGAGCUGUCCAACGGUGAGAAGCGCAGCCGCACCCGUGGCGCUCCCCCUUCGUGGGGCAGGCGUCCUCGAGACCGAGAUGACUACAGGCGUCGUAGCCCGCCACCCAGACGAAGAUCCCCACGCAGGAGGAGCUUUAGCCGCAGUCGAAGCAGGUCUUUCUCCAGAGACAGGAGGAGGGAGAGGUCCCUCUCCAGGGACAGGAACCACAAACCUUCAAGGUCCUUUUCUCGAUCAAGGAGCCGCUCCAGGUCUACUGACAGGAAAUAGAGGAAUGUCUGUCAGGUGUAAAGGGAGCUGAAGACGGAACGGUUGUACAAUCGUUGCCGUUUCAUAUGAUAGACUUCAACAUGGCCGACAUGGUCAUUUUUGUGUUGGGUUUUUUAAACAAUCAUGCAUUUUAGUGUCUCCCCCCCCCUUUUGUUAUGUAAUUUUCAAAAACAUUGAGUGGGUGUGUACAGGUGUGAUGCCUCACGUCAGUCACAUACAUCUUGUCGGUCCUGAAACAGUCGUGCCACCCAGCAUUCCAGUUUACCAGUUAAUCUCUUAAGAGCUUCGGUUUUUGUCAAUGAAUGUACUGUGUAGUUUGACUUAGUGUGAGUAGUUCCUCAUUUAUUUUCAUUGUGUAAAAGCCAGCAGUUUUCUUUUUUUCUUUUUUUUUAAGGAAGGGUUGGGAUGAUUUGUAAGAAAGUCCCUCCUUUUUGAUUGUCUGUAAAGCCAACCUGUUUUCAACGUGCUACUUUCUUACUUCAUACUGAAGGUUUCCAUCUGUUAAUGGUUGGUUGUUUGUAAUAAAUGCACCCCCUCAUUCAAAAUGCAAAUCUAUGGCAUUGAUUUAAAAGGUGUAAUGAACACAAGUCAAAAUUUUGUCUAUGAAGUUUUCCAUUAUUUUUCUUUUCUUUUGUUUGAUACUAUGUGAAAUUGUCUCAAUUAAAAAUACCGGUUGAUAAAAAACAAAAAAAACAAAA